GAGAGCCACAAGAGAGCCAGCAGCUCUCCCGUCAGGACUAUUUCCAUGAUCAGGUAGAGCCGUGCCGCCCCUCUGGGCCUCGGCGCUGCCCCCGCCCCGGGCGCCGAGGGGAGGUGGCUCCGGGCCCCGCCCGCGGCCGCCGCCAUCUCCUGCUGCCGCCGCGCCGAGCGCGGCCGGCGGCUGAGGGUUGAGGGCGGCCGGGAGCGGCCAUGAGGAGCCGCAGCAACUCGGGGGUGCGCCUGGACGGCUACGCCCGCCUGGUCCAGCGGACCAUCCUCUGCCACCAGAAUCCAGUAACAGGGCUGCUUUCAGCUGGUACAGACCAUAAGGAUGCUUGGGUACGGGACAAUGUCUACAGCAUCCUGGCGGUGUGGGGGCUCGGGAUGGCUUACCGAAAGAAUGCAGACCGGGACGAGGAUAAGGCCAAAGCCUACGAGCUUGAGCAGAACGUUGUGAAGCUGAUGCGGGGGCUCUUGCAGUGCAUGAUGAGACAGGUAGAUAAGGUAGAGAAGUUCAAAUGCACGCAGAGUAGCAAAGACUGCCUGCACGCCAAGUAUAACUCAGCUACUUGUGCUACGGUGGUUGGAGAUGACCAGUGGGGACAUCUGCAAGUAGAUGCAACUUCGCUUUACCUGCUCUUCUUGGCACAGAUGACUGCAUCAGGAUUACGUAUCAUCUUCACCCUUGAUGAAGUUGCUUUUAUUCAGAAUCUUGUUUUUUACAUAGAAGCUGCCUACAAAGUUGCUGAUUAUGGCAUUUGGGAACGUGGUGAUAAGACAAACCAGGGCAUCCCUGAACUGAACGCAAGCUCCGUAGGGAUGGCCAAAGCUGCUUUGGAAGCAAUAGAUGAACUGGAUCUUUUUGGAGCUCACGGAGGGCACAAAUCAGUGAUUCAUGUUCUUCCUGACGAAGUAGAACAUUGUCAGUCUAUACUUUACUCCAUGUUGCCGAGGGCAUCCACGUCAAAGGAGAUAGAUGCUGGCCUUCUCUCUAUUAUUUCUUACCCGGCUUUUGCAGUGGAGGAUAUAAACCUUGUUAAUGUAACCAAGAGCGAAAUCAUAUCCAAACUGCAGGGCCGCUAUGGCUGCUGUCGUUUUCUCCGGGAUGGCUACAAGACACCCAGAGAGGAUCCAAGCAGGCUGCACUACGAUCCUGCUGAGCUCAAGCUGUUUGAGAAUAUUGAAUGUGAGUGGCCGGUGUUCUGGACGUACUUCCUAAUUGAUGGAGUAUUUAAUGAGGACAAAAUUCAGGUAGAAGAGUACAGAGAGGCUUUGGAAGGAAUACUUAUUAGAGAAAAGAAUGGAAUAGUUCUAAUGCCUGAACUGUAUGCAGUCCCUCCAGAAAAGGUGGACGAGGAGUAUGAAAAUCCUCACUCAGUGGAUCGUGCCCCGAUGGGAAAGCUGCCUCACCUUUGGGGCCAGUCAAUGUACGUCCUUAGCUGCUUAUUAGCAGAGGGAUUUCUGGCUGCAGGUGAAAUUGAUCCCUUAAACAGAAGAUUUUCCACUGGCUUUAAACCUGAUGUUGUGGUACAAGUAACUAUUCUGGCAGAAUCUAAUCAAAUUAAGAAUCUAUUGCAAGACCAUGGAAUCAAUGUUCAGAGCAUUGCUGAUAUCCAUCCACUGAGAGUGCAGCCAGCUCGCAUCCUGAGUAAUCUCUACACCAAGUUGGGUAGGAAUGAGAACAUGAAAUUAAGUGGACGUCCACAUCGACACAUUGGAGUGCUGGGUACCUCCAAGCUGUACGUGAUAAGAAAUCAAAUUUUUGCCUUUACCCCUCAGUUUACUGACCAGCAUCACUUCUAUCUGGCUCUAGACAAUCAGAUGAUUGUGGAGAUGCUCAAGACAGAGCUGGCUUACCUCACUUCUUGUUGGAGGAUGACAGGGAGACCAACCCUGACGUUUCCCAUCACCCACACGAUGCUUGUUGACGAUGGUACUGACAUUCAUCCAGCGGUUCUUGCCACCAUACGAAAAUUAGAGGAUGGUUAUUUUGGAGGUGCAAGGGUGAAGAUAGGCAAGCUAUCAGAAUUUCUUACCACCUCUUUUCACACGCAUCUGAGCUUUCUGGAUCCAGACUGUGAUGUAAAACUGUUUGAUGACCCUAAUGAAGGCCGUUGUAGCCCUGACAGUGAAUAUGGAGGCUAUCCAGCAGAUUUCUGUGAAAAAGAAAGCCAGGAUGAGCUGGAUCAGUAUAUAAAUGAUAUCCUGCAGAGUACAGCACUGAAGUCAUACCUGCCUCCAACUUCCAAGACUGCUAAUCAACCACCCGUGUUCAGUGCAAACCAUUCCACACAAGAGAUACUGUCAAUAAUGGCCAAGGAAAAGGGCUUGGAGAUUCCAGCUGUUUCCAUGUCUCUUCCGACUAAAGUUCUGAACACGCACCGGAAGUCUCUGAAUCUUGUUGAUACUCCCCUUUCCUUUGACAGAAAGGACUCUGAAAACGUUUUGAACUUACCUAAAGAUGCUCAUGGUGAUUUGGAUUGCAGGAAACUUGUUGAGCACCUGAACGAAUGCCCAACGCUCCAUGAUCAAGCAGAUAUCUUAUAUAUCUUGCAUAUAGUCAAAGGCCCUGACUGGGAUACAGAGCUGAACGGACAAUAUGGCGUCACUGUUCAUUGCCUGCUCAACGAGCUUUACAGAAAGGCAGGCCUCAAUCAGGAGUGGGGAUUAAUCCGUUAUAUUUCUGGUAUACUUAAAAAGCGAGUGGAAGUCCUGGCAGAGGCAUGCACAGACCUCCUGUCACACCACAAGCAACUUACUGUGGGCCUGCCACCAGAACCCCGCGAGAAAAUCAUUACCACCCCCCUGCCACCUGAGGAGCUCACAGAUCUUAUUUAUGAAGCCAGUGGCCAAGACAUCAGUAUUGCUGUCCUGACACAGGAAAUAAUUAUGUACUUGGCAAUGUACGUUCGAUCACAGCCUAGUCUUUUCAUGGAGAUGCUCAGGCUCCGCAUCGGUCUGAUAAUUCAGGUGAUGGCCACUGAGCUGGCUCGGAGUCUGAAAUGCUCAGGUGAAGAAGCUUCAGAGAGUUUGAUGAAUCUAAGCCCCUUUGAUAUGAAAAAUCUCCUACAUCAUAUUCUCAGUGGAAAAGAGUUUGGUGUGGAAAGAAGCUUGCGACCUAUGGAUUCCUCUUCAUCUAGCCCUGCAAUUUCUAUUCAUGAAAUGGGGCAUUCUGGAGCAACCAAAACAGGAAGAAGUGGUAUUACUAAAUUAAAGAGCGAGAUGAAGCAGUUCUUUCAUGAGGGCCACUCCAUGUCAAGCAGCAUGUUCGCUUCCACGAGGGGCAGCACUCCACCAUCUCCCACCAGCACUUCUUCUACUGGCUCCGACAGAGACAUCAGUUGGGGGGACCGCAAAGGGCAGUGGCUGCGCAGGAGGAGGCUUGAUGGUGCCAUUAACAGAGUUCCUGUUGGCUUCUAUGAGAAAGUGUGGAAGAUCCUUCAGAAGUGUCAUGGUUUGUCCAUUGAUGGUUACGUCCUUCCUUCUUCAACCACCAGAGAGAUGACCCCGUGCGAAAUCAAGUUUGCUGUGCACGUGGAGUCGGUGCUGAACCACGUACCCCAGCCCGAGUACCGGCAGCUCCUGGUGGAAGCUAUUCUCGUCCUUACCUUCCUGUCUGACAUCGAGGUGAACAGCAUUGGGGGAAUCAUCCACGUGGAUCGAAUAGUGCACAUGGCCAACGACCUCUUUCUGCAGGAACUGAAAUCAUUUGGAGCUACUGGUGGUAUCUUGGAGAAAGACAUAGCCACAGGAAUUUGCCACUUUUUUUACGACAGUGCUCCAAGCGGGGCCUAUGGGACUAUGACAUACCUAACAAAAGCCAUAAUUAUUUAUUUACAGGAUUUCCUGCCUAGCACAGGCUGUGUGAUGCAAUAAGCAGUGUCUCAUGAGGGAGAAAAGGCUAGGAAGCUUUUUCUCCCCGUUUCGCUGCCUUGAACCUCUUGUUUAGUUGCUGCAUGUGUGUGUGCCAUACACUACCUCAGCACUUUACGCGAGUCAUCAUGUUAUGUGCAUGCCUGCCUGCGGGGGACAGGUAGGUGGAAUGUGGCCUACUUUUAAGGGAGGGCGUGAGAAAUAACAAAUAAUGAAGCUCAUUCUGCCCAAAGUGCAUAAAUGUAAUUCAUAUUAAAUUAGCAAGAAUUAUACAGCUCUGCCAAGGGGAAAACAGAUUAUCUGUGGAGAUCAAAAGGCAUAAUAAAAUGAGGGAGCUCUAUCUCAGGCAUAAAGUCUCCCAAACAAGGGAAGUGAUGGAAUUCAUUAAUUUUUCCCCUGCACUCUGUAAAUGUAUGUCGUCGUUGUGAAUCACUAAUGCAGUGUGAAACAUCCAGGGAAAUGUAAAUUAGAGGAAUAGGAAUAACUGGAGGUAACCAGGUGGUAUUUUUAAUACACGUUUACCCUGAUUCUCAUCUCGUUUGCACCUAGUUAGUGCAGGGCUAGUGCAGUAGAGACAAAUGUCUUACAAUAUCCACUAAUUUGAGAUGAUAGCCUUGCUCAGGAAGCUGCCUCUCUCUUUAAUCUGAACAAAGUGGCUUCCUUCCCGGCAUCCCCAGCGCCUCGCACGAAAAUCUCAAGACUCCAGCUUCUCCAAGGUGACAGACAGUUUUAUGCCUGUAAUCCUUUUCUCUGAACGGAGAAAGAUAAACCUCAGCCACCCGAGCACCCUUCCCAAGUCUCCUGAUCCUUUCCUUUGCAAAUAGCCUCGGAGUUGAGAAUGGCGUAAUUGCCACCCUUCCAGCGCAGGGUGAGUUUAUGGAAGGCUUUGAUGUUUUUCUCUCUUUUUUUUUUCCUCCUUUUUUUUUUCCUUUUGUGAUUAUUUUUUUUUCUUUAAAGGCGCAUUUGUCAGUCGUGGUUAGGGAUGGGCUCCCUGGUAGUCUCCUUCCAGACAGCUCCCAGGUUUGUGCCUGUGCCAUGAGACUGUCCACUGAAAAUGAGUUUCAGUGGCUGCUUUGAGCUGCUUUAAGGAGAGAGAGUAAGUGCGUGUCAUGCAGGGAAACGGCUCUGUGGCCACUUCAUCUGAAAACAGAGGUAGGCUGCUUCUGGCAUGGAAAACCUUUCUUCACCCCAGGCACCAGCUGCGAUUUGCUGUGGUUUUAUGCAGUCAUCUGAAAUACCUUGAUGAAAAGAGGGAAAUAAGCCCAUCUCGCUUGCUGGUUGCCAGCACCCGUGGUCCAGGGAAGGCAAGCUUCAGGUGGCACAGCUACCAUGGAGGCGCUGCUGCUACUGCAACAUCUGGGCACUUGCUCAAGAGAGCAAUGAGUGUGGGAGGCCUCAGGAGGUGAUUCAGAUUUAGGAGAAUUUGGCAGUGUGAGGGCCCAGGAGCUGCUCGCUGGAUGCUCUGAGAGGCAAGGGCUGCGUUAACCACCAUGGGCACUGUGGACCUGUGGAGGGAUUAGCGUAAAGGUACGGUUCAGGUACGACUAGCACACACCUGGGUGUGGAAGUCAUUUUAUUGACAUGGUACCUGUUUUUGUUUUUUUCUUUUGUUAUGCUUUUCCCCCAUUUUUGUAUGCAUUGUGAGAGAUUACCUAGCGUGUUUCUCAGUAAACAAAUCCUUUGGUUUAAACAUGUAAAUGUAACAGUCCAAGAGCAUGAGCACACCAAGUCUCUGAAGCAAUGGUUCAGAGCCUAGAGCAAAACAAAUACCCCUUAACUCUUUUUUUUUUUUUUUAAGUAAGUGUCUUUGAUUUAAAAUUCAUAGUAUGACCUCAAUUACCACACAUUUAUAAUCACUGUGAUCAGUUACCACAUGGAGUCAUGGAGUGUACGCACUGGAAGAGUAUUUAUUUGGUGAUUUGAAGAGUUGAUAUAAGUGAUACUGAGAAGUGGGAUGCUGAAGCACAAUGUCAGUGGAGGGGAAACUCAUUUUACUUCCAGGUCAUGCACAGCUGCAACUUUCUGCUGAGCUACUACUCGGACAGAAGGAUUAUUACAACUGGAGAAGCACAGUUAAUGCAAAACUCAUUAAGGAAAUAAGCUUUUGUUCAGACCCCCCCCUACACACACACACACUUUGCAGAGGAUCCACCUCUGUGUUAUUAAGCUGUUACAAAACCAAGCCGGCUCUGAUGGUGGUGAGGGUGUGCUCCCAGGUAAAACCCGUGACAGCUUUGCAGCUAAUUGGAGCAGCUCGGCUGUCUGGCUUCCCGGGGGAGCCAGAAGAGGAGGGUGUGGCCAUCCUCAACUCGCUGCACACUCAUUUCAGAAGGCAAAGGUACACAGACACACCAUGUGCUUCAGAAACACGGGCUUUCGGGAAAACAGAUCCACCUGGGACCUGGUCUUUCCGCUCUGUCCGGCGCUGCUCACGAGCAGUUUGCAGCCAUGGGGAUGGAAGCAGCAGCCCUGGUCCCGUGGAAGCGGGCAGACAACAGGGCUGGAGGGGGCUGGCUCAGCGCAGGCCUCUUCUGUGGUGCCAGCCAUGGUCCCCUUGCUCGGGGAAGGAGCCCUAAAAGGGUCGGUCGCUUUCCAUGGCCUGUAGGAAGACGCCCUGUGUGGGUGAAGCAGGGGCCUGGGGACAAUCCAAGCCCCACAUCAGGUGCUUGGCCUGAAGGCUGAUGGCACCUGUAGGGCCAGUUUGGGCACUCCGCCACGGCCUGAUUCAGUCCCUGCUCACAGGACCACUCACAGCUGUGACAUUAAAUAGCCCCCGCAUAACAUAGCGGAAUAAAUAUAUCUGUAUCUGUCUAUCUAUAUAGGGAUGAGAGUUACGGGAGAGCUUCAGCUCAAACAAUGAGUUUAACACAAGUAGCUGGGCUGUCUCCUGCUCCAGUUCUAGUCUCCAGUGGCUUUUAUCGCUGGCAUCACAUGCCCUGCAGUUAGUCCCUCCUCCCAUGUCCCCUCCUUCUGUCAGAGUUGAGGGGGCUCCUGUCUGCCUGUAGCAGCAGAGGGGCAGGCUUCUCUUUUGGCUCAAUGACUCAGCUUCUCACAGGCUGCAGUGCUGCCUCCCUAGGAGCCUCUUCUCAGUGUAUGCUAAGUGAAGUGCUGCAUUGCGACCUUACUGUUGGCGUCCCCUCUCAUCAAGGCAAGCGUCCUUCAACUUAAUCCUUCAGUUUAACGCUAGAGUGGCUUCAGGAACACGUUGUGAGAGGGGCACAUCUAAGCUGCAGGGUUUUGGCAAUGUGUCUGAGCUCCCACGUUGUUACACACCCUUGUUUUGUCCUGUCUUCUUGGGGGUGGCAAAGGAGGACUCCAGAUCUGUACUGUCACGUUCUAUAAAUACACAUUUAACGUUACCAAUGCCAUUAAAAUUUUACUGUAAUUUUUGUUUUUCUGUUAGAGAACCCCCCCACUCCAGCGAAUAGAAAUAAGUAUGUACGUUUAUUCACUCAUCUGUAAAUUUAUAAAAUACUUCUGGAAAAGUAUUUCAUAUUUCAUCAAUUAAAAAUAAGAUUUAGGAAUGAUGGCACUGUAUUAAACUUGGACUGCUAUUGUAUUCUGUAAGGAUAAAUUAUUAGAAAGGGUGCUAUAGCUUUUUUUUUUUUCCUUUGCAUUUUCAAAACUGUUAUUAAAUUAAAAACUACCUACUUACCUCAUGGUUCAAUGUUAAAUUUUAAAGACUGGUUAGGCUGGAACUGUUUACUACCCAGAAAGCACUCUGUAUACAUCGUAUUUAAUAAGGAUGAAUUAAGGUAAUGUCUUGUUUAAAAAGUUCCUGAUCUGCCCGCACUUUAUAUCAGUGUGUUGCUUUCAGAGUGUUAUAUGCAAGUGAGUCAGGUCCAGGAGUGAGGUGCAGGAAUGGGAAUAUUGGCUCGCAGGCUUGGAGCAGGGGAAUACAGGGGGAGACAUGGGACACUGGGCUCUUCCAUCUUGCUGCUUUCCAUAGAGUCAAUUGCAGAAUUUAUCAGUUUACUUGAUUAAGAAUUUAUGCUCAACUGUAUGCAAGAUUAUUUGGGUUCAGUA